CCCCAGGAUACUCUGUGUAGCUCUCUUUAUGAUCCCCCUUUCGGGCAGUAACUGUCUCCUAUUGCGCUUUUCGUCUUCGACAGACCUCGGUGAUGCGCGCUCAUCAUCAAAAGCGGGAGAUUGUACGAUGACUUUCCGCUUGAGAUCUCGCAAUUUUUCCGGGAGCGCAGCUGUCAUGUCCGGCGGAUUAUUUGACAGGCCAAUAUCUCUCUCAUCUACAGUGGUCGUUUCGCUAUCGUGCGAGUCUUUAUCGGCAAUCCCAGUUACUUCAGCACUGUCUAAAUAUGCCCUGUGAUACUGUAGAGUUCCCGAUAACUUUUUCUGGAUAGCUAGUAGUUCUCUCAGCUGGUUGCUCAUUUGAACUGAGUUCGGUUGGUCUCUCGUUAAUCUUUCUAGGGUCUGCUGGAUUUCGUCGAUUUCGACUCGAUCCUUCGACCACUCAGUAAGUCUCCAUUGUAAUAAGCCCUGUGCAUGCUCGGAUGCCUCGAAGUCCGAUGUUAAAGUAGUGACUGAAGUCAUUGCCGCAUCGAUUUCAUGCCGGAUUUUGCGCAAUUCUUUCUCAACGUCUACUUGGGCUCUGCUUUCCACGGCUCGCCGGCAUAUGAUCAGCUCUUGCUCGAGUUGCGUACGGGCCACAUCUGCCUCUCGAAGUUGCCUCUCCAGUUCCUUUUGCCUUUUUUCGUGCUUCUCGGCCUCUUGAGUGGCGAUGUGAAGUAUCGUUUGCUCGUGCUGUUGAUUACUCGAUUCGAUGGCUUUCUCGUAAUUCUUGCGCUCAUCUUGAAUUCGUUGUUCUUUGUUCCGAAGUUGAAGAGCUUGCGAUGCUAUCUCUUCUUGCAUGACCCCAAUGUUUUGACAGGACUCUGUUGCUGUUGAGUCUCUCUCCUCUAGCAUCUUUUGGAGGCGCACAACCUCUUCCGUCAAAUCGUUGAUCCUGUCAUUCGCCGUUUGCUCGUCAUGCUCCAUGUUCCGCAAAUCGAGCAACUCAUCCAUCAGCUGCUGCCGCUCUGCUGACUGCUCUUCCAUGCAAAUGUAAGCCUGACUAAGCUCAUCCUGUAGCUGUUGAAUCUGCUGUGCCUGGGCUUGAACGGCCAUAGCAGAGUCGUGAGAUCUCCCUUGCCACUCCAUGAC